UCGGGCGUGCCGAGGAGAAGCUCAAACUUUGGCGGGCAAUCACCUUGGGGGCUAAAUGUGACCAACAGGAAGAUGGCCAAAAUCAACACCCAAUACUCCCAUCCCUCCCUGACCCACCUCGCAGUAAAGACCACGGACAAGGAUCUUGAUCGCGCAGAAAACGGUCUCAGCAGGACCCACUCGCCAUGCGAGGAGACAUUGGCAGCACUGCAGCCCAGAAUCGCCAUGGAGACCAGGGGACGGGCUGCAUCCAGGCAAAGCUUCUUCACCGACCAGGGGCCCGGCAGGGUGUCACGCUUCAUUGUCUCUCUGCGCGCAUGGGGAUCCAGGCAUGUACACCACGAGGAUCAAGGACGCGACUCUUUUCUGGACCGUUUCCGCGGAACCGAGCUCCAGGAGGUAUCCAGCCGAGAAAGCGAUGUCCAGGCCAACGCGGGCAGUCAGGAGCCACCAGACAGAGGAAAAAGGAAAAAGAGGAAGAAGAAGGAUGUGGUUGUGGUGGAUCCCUCCAGCAACUUGUACUACCGCUGGCUGAGUGCCAUUGCCCUGCCUGUCUUCUAUAACUGGUGUAUGCUCGUUUGCAGAGCCUGUUUUGAUGAGCUUCAGUCCAACUACCUGAUGAUGUGGCUGGUCCUGGACUACUUGGCAGAUAUCCUCUAUGGCUUGGAUAUGCUGGUGCGAGCUCGGACAGGUUUCCUUGAACAAGGCUUAAUGGUCAGGGAUACUGACAGACUGUGGAAGCAUUACACAAAGACCUUGCAGUUCAGGCUGGAUGUGUUGGCCCUGGUCCCUACAGACCUAGCUUACUUAAAGCUGGGCAUGAACUACCCAGAACUGAGGUUCAACCGCCUACUAAAGAUCUCCCGGCUCUUUGAAUUCUUUGAUCGCACAGAGACGAGGACCAACUACCCCAAUGUGUUCAGAAUUGGGAACUUGGUCUUGUACAUCCUCAUCAUCAUCCACUGGAAUGCCUGCAUCUACUUUGCCAUUUCCAAGUUCAUUGGCUUUGGGACAGACUCCUGGGUCUACCCAAACAUCUCAAUCCCCGAGUAUGGGCGCCUCUCCAGGAAGUACAUUUACAGUCUCUACUGGUCCACCUUGACCCUGACCACCAUCGGUGAGACCCCACCCCCUGUAAAAGACGAAGAGUAUCUCUUUGUGGUCAUAGACUUCUUGGUGGGCGUUCUGAUUUUUGCCACCAUUGUGGGCAACGUGGGCUCCAUGAUCUCGAAUAUGAAUGCCUCGCGGGCAGAGUUCCAGGCCAAGAUUGACUGCAUCAAGCAGUACAUGCAGUUCCGCAAGGUCACCAAGGACUUGGAGACAAGAGUGAUCCGGUGGUUUGACUACCUGUGGGCCAACAGGAAGACAGUGGAUGAGAAGGAGGUGCUCAAGAGCCUCCCAGACAAGCUGAAGGCCGAGAUUGCCAUCAAUGUGCACCUGGACACUCUGAGGAAGGUCCGCAUCUUCCAGGACUGCGAGGCGGGGCUGCUGGUGGAGCUGGUGCUGAAGCUGCGGCCCACCGUGUUCAGCCCUGGGGACUAUAUCUGCAAGAAGGGGGACAUCGGGAAGGAGAUGUACAUCAUCAAGGAGGGCAAGCUGGCUGUGGUGGCCGACGAUGGGAUCACCCAGUUCGUGGUGCUCAGUGAUGGCAGUUACUUUGGGGAAAUCAGCAUCCUGAACAUCAAGGGGAGCAAAUCAGGGAACCGCAGGACAGCCAACAUCAGGAGCAUUGGUUACUCAGACCUGUUCUGCCUCUCGAAGGAUGACCUGAUGAAGGCCCUCACUGAAUACCCCGAAGCCAAGAAGACCCUGGAGGAGAAGGGACGGCAGAUUCUGAUGAAGGACAAUCUCAUCGAUGAGGAGGUAGCCAGGGCUGGGGCAGACCCCAAGGACAUUGAGGAGAAGGUGGAACACCUAGAGUCCUCCCUGGACACCCUGCAGACCAGGUUUGCGCGGCUCCUGGCUGAGUACAACGCCACCCAGAUGAAGGUGAAGCAGCGUCUCAGCCAACUGGAGAGCCAGGUGAAGAUCGGUGGGGGCAGCCUCUUGUCUGACGGGGAGGCUCCCGGGGAUGCUACAAAGACAGAGGACAAACAACAGUAAAAAUGCAGUGUCUAUCUCCUGCCUCACGGGGUCAGCUGUCAGCGUGAUGCUAUGUGGCCACAGUUACGUGGCAUGGAACUUGCUGGGGUUUAAUUCCAGGUCUACUCGCUCUUUGAAAGCUGUGUGACUGCAAGAGAGAACCUUGGUUUCCUCA